AUGCCAGCGACGGUCGUACGACAUCGCAGAUGGCCGCAUUUAGCCUGGCCUGCUGCCAGAGUAACACCUGGCACACCAGCUGGGAAGGAGCUAAUAAGAGGAGACAUCAUAGCGAAAAUCGACGACUACGACGCGAGAGAUCUACGACAUGAAGAUGCACAAAAUCUCUUUAGAAACGCACCAAAACAAAUUAAAUUAGCCGUCCAAAGGGACGUGAAUCGUGAUGGUCAUUCGGCUGCGCACGCGCCGCGGUCACCACUGCAAAGCGUUCCACCGCCAUUCAGGACCCCGAGUCCUCUCCCGGCUUCAUCAUGGCGCGGACCUGAGUCCUUACCACGAACUCCUCAACCCUUCCAGCCUCAGGUCGAAGGAGAAUAUAGAACUUAUAUAGUGUCACCAGAAUCACGAAAUGAUGAUGGAGUAGUGGACGAGUCGAUCGGCAGCCAGCGCCCACGUUCCCGCCAAGUUACCCGUCAUAUUUCCAAAAUAGAAUGCAUUGAAUUGCCGUUCUCUUGGGGAGCUUCUGGAGGCGCAGUCCGCGAUCGCUCGCUCGACGACACGUCCGCGCUAACAAGUGACACUAUGGCGGUCAACCCUAACUUCUUCCCCAACGGGUACCAGGACCCCAUGCAUCCAGAGGAGGAGGUUGUCACCAACUGGCCUUACCGCACGACCCCAUUGGUGCUACCAGGGGCAAAGGUCCGUCGGGAGCCGGGACCCACAGAGAGUUAUCUGCGUCAUCAUCCCAACCCUGCGAUGAGGGCACCACCUCACCACGAUCUACGGGACACGCUUAUGAAGCAAAAGGUUGUCCACAAGCAGUUCAACUCGCCAAUCAAUCUAUACUCGGAACAAAACAUUGCCAAUUCGAUCAGACAGCAAACAUCGCCUCUGCCCCACAAGCCGACGGUGAUGUACGACCCGGCCAAGUCGGAGACCUACCGCGUGCUGCAGGAACAGAGCCUCGGAGACAACGUGAGCGAGGUGCCCUCGCCCGCCACGCAGGUCUUCACGCCGCCUGUCGCUAAGCCGAAGCCGGUGCCACCCAAACCAAUGAAACAACCAGAGGCUCAACCGAGCGGCAAGCAAACGACUUUCGUGAAUUCCCUACAGGAAGAGCAUAUUCAGCAGUCAAACUCAUUUAAGCGGCUCAUGUACCACGUGCUCGGAGAAACCGAGUUUUAA